GGAAGUGUAUCGCCCUUCGGUCUUCCGGGUUGUUGGAGUCCCUGCAGCGGCAGAAGUUGUUGUUGUGGUGGUGCGAUGGCAGAUGAUCCUGCGCCGACCCUCCGGGUCUCGGAGAUUAGAGACCCGGCUGGUCUCUUCGAGCGCUACAACACCGAAGAGAUCCGCCGGAUCGAGCGCAAAGUCCGCGGGGAAAUCGAGCAGAAGAAGGAGGAGCUGAGGCAGAUGGUUGGCGAGCGCUACCGGGACCUGAUCGACGCCGCCGACACCAUCGGAGAGAUGAGGCAGUGUUCUGAGAGCGUGGUCCAGUCCAUCCAGGACAUGCACCAGUACUGCCACAGGCUCAAACAAGUCAAACCCGGUGCGAACAGCUGCAGACUGGAGAGCCAGAGGCAGUGUCAGGAGAAGUUCUACACCAUGGCCUCCCAGAUCAAGCUCCUCUUGGAGAUCCCAGAGCGCAUCUGGAGUGCCAUGGAGGCGUCCCAGUACCUCCAGGCCACUCAGCUGUAUCUGCUGUGCUGCCACCUGCACUGUCUGCUUCAGCUGGAAACUGCUACAGUGGGCCACUACAGCCCCAUCCUGACUCGCUUCCCUAUUCUGGUCCGGCAGGUUGCCACCACCGGACACUUCAGGUCCACCAUUCUGCUGGACAGCAGGUCUUUGCUGCGGGGCCGGGCAGUGUUGGACCAGGCUAUCGCUGAGGCCCUGGUGUCCACCAUGCUGCUGGAGGACAGCUCGCCACGCCAAGCCCUGGCUGACUUCUUGCUGGCCCGGAAAUCCUCUAUCCAUCAACUACUCAACCAACCACAGCAUGGUGCAGGGAUCAAGGCUCAGGUGUGCAGCCUGGUGGAGUUGCUGGUCACCACUUUGUUCCAGGCCUACGCCGUCUUCUACCUGCCCCCAGAGGGAGGCCCCAGGCCAGGGGAGGGAGCCCUGAGCUGUGGCAUGCUGUUCUCUAUCCUAGAAAAUGUAACCACAACCAGUCCUGCAGCUAAAGUCCGGAAGGUGUUGCAGGAAGAGACAAGUACAGGUAGUUGGUUCAAGUAUCUGCCUCCCUCCAUCACUGAGUUCCAGCCAGCCCUCCGCACCCUGGCUCAGCCAAUCCAGAGAGAACAGCUCCGUGACACCCUGCAGCAGUGGAUUGAUACGUGUAAGGAGGACAUUUGCCAUGGUGUUGGCAGCCUUCUGGUCUACAUCAAGAGCCUGAAGGGGCUGGCAGCCAUCAGAGAUGCUGUGUGGGACCUCCUGUCCACCGACUCAAUCAGUCAGCACUGGAACACUGUGUGCCAGCGGCUGCUGGAGCGCCCCCUGGCUGUCUGGGAUAACUUUCUCCAGCAGCUCUUUCUUCAGCGCCUGCAGGCCAUUACCAAAGAAGAAACUGAGGCCAUCUCGGCGUGUUCUGUCCAGCUCCUCACCUCCGCUGUGAGGGAUCUGGAGGGCCAGACCAUCCACACUUCUGCAGGUACCAAUCCCGGAUCUGGCAGCAGGGCCCAGUACGAGGUAGAUGUGGCCUCCUUCCUGUGGUCAGAGUCUCCAGGGGACCUGCUGAGUGAUGCAGGUUGGGUCAGCGUCAGCCAGCAGGGGCAGCAGCAGCAGAGGAGUGGCCUGGCCAUGAAGACCCAGGCACUGACACCUUGUGUUCAGAGCUUCUGCUCUUCCAUGGACGCAAAGCUGAAGGCCAGGCUGGAUGACCUCCAGCACUACCUUCCCUCCCAGAAUACAGGGUCUGACUCAUUCUCAGUCACAGCCUCCUCCUCCUCUGGACCUGCAGAGGCCUCGUCAGCAUCCUCAUUCAACCGCUUCAUGGAUUCACCAGCAGUGGAGGAGGCUUUACGUGAAGGCUCCCUGGCCUGUGUUCGCCACAUCCUGUCCUCCAUCCACUCUGAACUGGCCGCAGCCUCACCUCACCCCAGCCCUAGCUGCCUCAGCUCGGUCCUUUUCAUGGCCAGGCUGUGCCAGUCCAUGGGCGAACUCUGCCCUAACCUGAAGCAUUGCAUCCUAGGAAAAAACAGGGGCGCCAUGGCCAAGGGGACCCCCAGGCAGGGCAAGAAACUGGGCAAAGCCAGGGCCACCACAGAGGUCAGCCCCGCCCAGGCCAAGUGGGAAGGUUUGAAGGAGGAGCUUCUCAACUGCAGCAUGGAUGCCUACCGCAUCUGGAGCUCCGCCCUCUCCAAAGUGUUGCUGGAUAAGUUUGGCACAGUGCUGCAUGCAGAGUCUGCUGGUGCCAUCCUAACAACAGCCACAAACUGGGAGGACCUGGAGAUCCAAGAAGAGGCAGAGUCGGGGAGCAGCAUCACGUCCAAAAUCCGUCUUCCAGUGCAGCCAUCUUGGUUUGUUCAGUCGCUGCUUUUCCAGCUGUGCGUGGAGGUGAACAGGGUGGGGGGUCACGCCCUGCCCCGGCCCACCCUGCAGGAGCUUCUGCAGUCCUGUCUGGCUGAGGCCCUGCACCAUUACCAGAGCCUCUCGCAGAAGGCCCGCGCCAAGGAGGGCGUCUUCCCCAUGACUCAGAACAGAGCCUUGCAGCUGUUAUUUGACCUCCGUUACCUCAACACCACACUGGGCAGCAGACUAGAGGAGGGCAAGAGCUCCCGAUACCAUCAAGACAUCAGAUUCCCCGAGGUCUGUGAUUGGCUGGAGAGGUUCAUCGACCCCUUUGAUCUGGAUGUGUUCACGCCUCCGCUGAACACCAACCUCAACCGCCUGUCCCAGAGGACUUCGGUGCUGCUGGGACUGCUGACGGGCUCAGAGAAGCAGUUUACCUCACGGAGCAGCAGCGUCAACUCCCAGGAGCCUUACAACAUCCUGCCACUGGCCAGCAGCCAGAUCAGGUUCGGACUGCUGCCUCUCAGCAUGUCCAAUGUGCGUAAAUCCAAGUUGGCCUCGAGGAGCUCUGAUGCGCCGCACCAGCUGGCUCCUCCGUCCUCCACAGCCAACAGUGAGGACAACUUCCAGCCAGGCAGCCUCUUCAGACAGCUCGCUGAUCAGGAUGAGGGCACAGCAGCUCCUUCUUUAUUUAAACUCAGCUGGCUGUCGGCCAUGGCCAAAUAACCCUUUAUCGCUCAACACUUUUUAUUUGCCUUAGCAAAAAGUUUGUAAAAAUAAAUAUGUAUAAUAAAUCAAAUUUUUGUCUUUU